UCAGCGCUAGGCCAUUUCCGGUCGAACACACAAAAUCGCACCGAUUUCGAUACCCCACCAUCUCGGUUUUGUGUUUGGGAGGGUUCGAGCUAAACCCCGAGGAGCGAAUUUUCCUCCUCCAACCACGCAGGCACCACAUCAAUUUCGCCCACCAUGAACGGCGAAGAUCCCCAGGAGAGGCCGGAGCAGAUCCGCAACAUAAUCAACGGGCUCGAGCGAUAUAACCCACAGGCUGCCGACAUUCUCGAGGCCUACCUGCAGCAACAAUGCGAAGAGAAGUUCUGCGACUGCAACGCCAACCGGGUGUUGCUUAAGCUGUACCAACUCAACCCGGACCGGAUCAAGGACGAAGUGAUCACAAACAUCCUCGUCAAGGCCAUGACCCAGUUCCCCUCCGCUCAGUUCGACCUCGCCCUGCACCUCCUCUCCCCGUCCCACUCCAACCCCGGGCCCAACUCCUCCUCAGACCUUGCCGAGGCCGUGUCCAAGCUGCGGGUACUCAACUCGCAGCUCGAAGGUGCGCAAUACGCGCGGUUCUGGGCGACGCUGGACAGCGAUGACAUCUACGCGGACUUGACGACCGACAUCGCCGGCUUCGAGGAGAUGAUCCGGCUGCGGAUAGCCCAGCUGGUCAGCCAGGCCUUCCGCGAGGUCCAGACGAGCGUCCUCGAGGAGUGGCUCGGGUUGGACAGCGAGGACGAGGUCAGGAAGUUCGUCAUCGAGACUUGCGGCUGGAAGGUGGAUGACGACGGGACCGUGCACGUGCCCAAGAAUCCGGAGAACGAGGCCAAGAAGACAGAGAUCCGGGAGGAUGUAACGGUUGAUAUGUUCAGCCGCGUCAUCAAGAGGUCGUGGGAGGACAGCGCGUAGUGGUUUGGUUGGGGGCGUGCGUAUUCUAAUUUUGACGAGAUGACGGAAAGGGUCAACCGGUCGUCUCUUGCGGCGGUUUCUUCUUGCAUCUAGGCGGUAAAAAGCCUCGGCGUUCAUGGGUUGUUAACGGCGGCAUGGUCACGCCGCGGAUGGGAUGCACAGCGGUGUCUGUCAGGAUUGCCAUGGGUUCUAUGUCCAGAUCAUAGCCUCAAUGAGGGUGCAGAUGCCAACACGACGAGA